AUGUCAGAAAAUAUUGAUGUAAUGACCAUGUCUGACUCCAACAAUUUCAUCUAUGCUGCUGUAUAUGCUGUGGUCCAAGUGCUCCAUGAAAUGAUUUUGCUUCACCCAUUCCUGUAUAAAAUCCAAUUUAGAGACACUGCUGGAGAGCACAUGUCCUUAGAUGAGAGAAGAAACUUUAUGGUGCAGCACAAUAUCCUGAAUGCUGUGAGUUUUCCAGGUGAGUUAACUCUCUUGGUUAAAGUGGGAGAAUUUGGCUCCAAUAGCCCAUAUGAUCACAGCUUGGUGAUCAACAAAGAGAUGAUAGAAUGGCCUAUUGGGUUUAAAGAGACCCCAAAGUCUGUUUGUAACCAGAGUUGCUGUUCAGGAUUCAGGAAAAUUACACAAGAAGGAAGGCCUAUCUGCUGCUUUUCUUGUGCUCUUUGCCCAGGGAGACACAUUUCCAAUCACACAGAUGCAGAGCAGUGUGUCCGGUGCCCAGACCCAGAGCAUUCAAACAGUGAGAGAAAUCGCUGCCUCUCCAAAGUUGUGACCUUCCUGGACUUUGAAGAUUCCUUGGGGAUGUCACUGGCCUGCAUGGCUCUGUGCUUCCAUGUGGUCAUGGCUGUGGUUUUGUGGGUCUUUGUGAAGCACCAAGACACCCCCAUAGUCAAGGCCAGUAACCAGGCUCUCAGCUACGUCCUGCUCAUCUCCCUCCUCCUGUGCUUCCUCUGCUCCUUGCUCUUCAUUGGCCAUCCCAACACAGCCACCUGCUUCCUCCGACAAAUCACAUUUGGAGCUGUGUUCACUGUGGCUGUUGCCCCUGUUUUGACCAAAACCCUUGUGCUUCUGGCAUUCAAGGCCAGGAAACCAGGAAGAACCACGAGGCGAUUGCUGGUAACAAGAGCUUCUAGCUAUGUCAUUCCCAUCUGCUCCCUGAUCCAAGUGAUUAUCUGUGGAAUCUGGCUGGGAACCUCUCCCCCUUUCCUUGUAAUAGACGCUUAUUCUGAGCCCAAGGACCUCAUGAUCGUGUGCAACAAGGGCUCGGUCACUGUCUUCUACUGUGUCCUGGGAUACAUGGACUCCUUAGCCCUGGGGACCUUCUCCUUGGCUUUCCUGGCCAAGAACCUGCCUGAUGCCUUCAAUGAAGCCGAGCUCCUGACCUUCAGCAUGCUGGUGUUCUGCAGUGUGUGGGUCACCUUGCUCCCCGUCUACCACAGCCCUGAGGGCAAGGUCAUGGUGGCCGUGGACAUCUUCUCCAUCUUGGCCUCCAGUGCUGGGCUACUAGGCUGUAUCUUUGCCCCAAAGUGCUACAUUAUUCUUAUAAGACCUGAGAAGAACUCUUUGAAAGGUCUGAGGAAUAAUCAUUGGCUCAUAGGCUUAUUAGAUGGAGAAGUCCCAGAAACUACCAUCUCCAACCUGGAGAACCAGAAAAGCGAGUAG